AUGGGAGGCAAUCAUUCCACGAAAGAAUCGGGUACACCCUCUCUUGCUGCGAAUAUGCCAUUACAGGCUGAUCUCUCCUCAUUCAAGCUGAGUAUCAUCAAAACCAAUACAAGUUCAGAACUCACGAUCGGAAAUAGAAGAAUGAUUGUUUUGGAUUGUACCGAGAAUAAAUUUGAAUUUACAGAGGAAUCGGGUAAUAUUCAUAGGAUUCAUCAUUUGUUAUUUGCGGGAGGUGAUGAUGAGAAGAGAGAAAGUUUGUCCAAAGUAUUAACAACUUUGAAUGAAUUACAAUUCUUUCAGAUGCAAAACAAGGCUGGAAAGUCGUUCAAUACAAGAGGAUCGGAUGCAGGUACAACCAUAACACUCCAGCACGACAGAAAACGAUGGGAAGUGAAACUGACAGAACAAUCCGUUCUUAAAAACAAGGCUCACGAACAAAGCUUUAAACAAAUUGAAGAAAAAGCAGAAAGAUGGUUUUCCAGCGAAGCUGCAAAGCACACACAAUUCCGCUCUGUAAUUGUAGUAUUUUCGGAGGCUCUUGUGAAAUACUUCAUUGAUGAACUUGAUAGUGGCUUGCAAUUAAUGUACUCUCCAGCAGGCAGUUCUAAAACCUUUAAAGCCUGUAUUCUUACAUCUUCAACCAAUAUUCAAGAAACAAAAGUAGAACAAUUAUCACUUCCGUCUGGUGAAAUGAGUUUAUUUGUUGGAAAAUAUACGAUGGUGUCAUUUGGAGGCACUGACGGAGGUUUGAAGUGUCCACAAACGAUCAAAUUAACUGGAGGCGUUUUAAGAUUGGACAUUUCUGGUGAUAAGACCUCACUGGUAGUGUCACAAAAUUAG